CCCGCCCGGACCAGUGCCAGCUGCAGCCUCGCUUCGGCGCCCGGUGCCAGCUGGCUCAUUCGUCUGGGACGGAGGCGGAGGCUUGGGGCUCCUUGCCGCUGCGGGGGGACUCCCCCCCACGCCCCCUGCCCUCAACCCACCCGAAAGGAGCCUCUACACCCAGCCCGUUACCCUGGCAGCCCUUCCAGCUAGGAAUUAGCCCUGUUCGCUUCACCUGGGGUUUACAGCCCUCACUCCUCCAGGAGCAGUCGGGGUCUCGCUGAGGGUCCCCCCCCCAACCUUUGCUAGAGCCUGCAGGGCUGUGCAAGCUUGAGAAGGACCAUGAAGGUGGGCUGGCCAGGUGAGAGCCGCUGGCAGGUGGGCCUGGCUGUGGAGGAUAGCCCAGCUCUAGGAGCAUCACAGGUGGGCGGCCUCCCGGACGUGGUACCGGAGGGGACCCUGCUCAACAUGGUGCUGAAGAGGAUGCAUCGGCCCCGGAGCUGUUCUUACCAGCUGCUGCUCGAGCACCAGCGCCCCAGCUGCAUCCAGGGGCUCCGCUGGACGCCACUCACGGACAGUGAGGAGUCCCUGGAUUUCAGCGUGAGCCUGGAGCAGGCCUCCACGGAGCGGGUGCUCAGGGCUGGGAAGCAGCUGCAUCGACAUCUCCUGGCCACCUGCCCAACCCUUAUCCGAGACCGGAAGUACCACCUUAGGCUCUAUCGGCAGUGCUGCUCUGGCCGGGAGCUGGUGGAUGGGAUCUUGGCCCUAAGCCUUGGGGUUCAUUCCCGAAGCCAAGCUGUUGGAAUCUGCCAGGUGCUGCUGGAUGAAGGUGCCCUUUGCCACGUGAAACAUGACUGGACCUUCCAGGACCGAGAUACCCAAUUCUACCGUUUCCCCGGGCCUGAGCCAGAGCCCGUGGGAGUUCAUGAGCUGGAGGAGGAGCUGGUGGAGGCUAUGGCCCUGCUCUCCCAGCGGGGGCCCGAUGCCCUGCUCACUGUGGCGCUUCGAAAGCCCCCAGGUCAGCGCACAGACGAGGAGCUGGAACUCAUCUUUGAGGAGCUGCUGCAUAUCAAGGCCGUGGCCCACCUCUCCAACUCGGUGAAGCGGGAAUUAGCGGCAGUUCUGCUCUUUGAACCACACAGCAGAGCGGGGACCGUGUUGUUCAGCCAGGGAGACAAGGGCACCUCGUGGUACAUUAUCUGGAAGGGGUCUGUCAACGUGGUGACCCAUGGCAAAGGGCUGGUGACCACACUGCAUGAGGGGGAUGACUUUGGACAGCUGGCUCUGGUGAAUGACGCACCCCGGGCAGCCACCAUCAUCCUGCGAGAAGAUAAUUGUCAUUUUCUCCGGGUAGACAAGCAGGACUUCAACCGCAUUAUCAAGGAUGUGGAAGCAAAGACCAUGAGGCUGGAAGAGCAUGGCAAAGUGGUGUUGGUGCUGGAGAGAGCCUCUCAGGGCGCUGGCCCUUCUCGCCCCCCAACCCCAGGCAGGAACCGGUAUACGGUGAUGUCUGGCACCCCGGAGAAGAUCCUAGAACUGCUGUUGGAGGCCAUGCGGCCUGAUUCCAGUGCUCAUGACCCAACAGAGACAUUUCUCAGUGACUUCCUCCUGACCCACAGUGUCUUCAUGCCCAGCGCCCAGCUUUGUGCUGCCCUGCUGCACCACUUCCACGCGGAGCCCUCGGGAGGCAGCGAGCAGGAGCACAGCACCUACAUUUGCAACAAGAGGCAGCAGGUCCUGCGGCUGGUCAGCCAGUGGGUGGCCCUGUAUGGUCCCAUGCUCCACGCUGACCCCAUGGCCACCGGCUUUCUCCAGAAACUCUCAGACCUGGUGAGCAGAGACGCCCGCCUUUGCAUCCUGCUGCGGGAGCAGUGGCCCGAGAGGCGGAGACAUCACAGGUUGGAAAAUGGCUGUGGGAAUGCAUCUCCUCAGAUGAAGGCCAGGAACGUGCCUGUUUGGCUCCCCGGCCAGGACCAGCCCCUCCCCGGCAGCAACUGUGCCAUUCGAGUUGGGGACAAAGUCCCCUAUGACAUUUACCGGCCGGACCACUCGGUGCUGACCCUGAAGCUGCCUGUGACAGCCUCAGUGAGAGAGGUGAUGGCAGCAUUGGCCCAGGAGGAUGGCUGGACCAAAGGUCAGGAGCUGGUGAAGGUCAACUCUGCAGGCGAUGCCAUUGGCCUGCAGCCAGAUGCCCGUGGUGUGGCCACAUCGCUGGGGCUCAAUGAGCGGCUCUUUGUUGUCAACCCACAGGAAGUGCACGAGCUGACCCCGCUCCCUGAGCAGCUGGGGCCCUCCGCGGGCUCUGCCGAGGGGCUGGACCUGGUGAGUGCCAAGGACCUGGCGGGCCAGCUGACGGACCAUGACUGGAACCUCUUCAACAGUAUCCACCAGGUGGAACUGAUCCACUAUGUGCUGGGCCCCCAGCACCUGCGGGACGUCACCACCGCCAACCUGGAGCGUUUCAUGCGCCGCUUCAACGAGCUCCAGUACUGGGUGGCCACAGAGCUGUGUCUCUGCCCCGUGCCCGGCCUGCGGGCCCAGUUGCUCAGGAAGUUCAUCAAGCUGGCUGCCCACCUCAAGGAGCAAAAGAAUCUCAAUUCCUUCUUUGCCGUCAUGUUUGGCCUCAGCAACUCGGCCAUCAGUCGCCUGGCCCACACCUGGGAGCGGCUGCCCCACAAAGUCCGAAAGCUGUACUCGGCCCUAGAGAGGCUGCUGGACCCCUCCUGGAACCACCGCGUCUAUCGACUGGCUCUCACCAAGCUCUCCCCUCCCAUCAUCCCCUUCAUGCCCCUUCUUCUCAAAGACAUGACCUUCAUCCAUGAGGGAAACCACACGCUGGUAGAGAAUCUCAUCAACUUUGAGAAGAUGAGAAUGAUGGCCAGAGCCGUGAGGAUGCUGCAUCACUGCCGAAGCCACAGCAAUGUGCCCCUCUCACCACUCAGAAGCCGCGUCUCCCACUUCCACGAAGACAGCCAGGCAGCAAGGACAUCCACAUGCUCCGAGCAGUCGCUGACCACCCGGAGUCCAGCCAGCACCUGGGCUUAUGUCCAGCAGCUGAAGGUCAUCGACAACCAGCGGGAACUCUCCCGCCUGUCCCGGGAGCUGGAGCCGUGAGGAGGCUGGGGCCCGAGCAGGCACUUCCCGUCAGGAAAGCCAGGGCACGCCCGGGGCCAAGAGGCACGCAGGCCGGCCGCAGCUGGGCAGGGCUCUCCGUGGAGUGGACUCAAGGCCCUGGAGCGGGCAGUGUGGAGGCAGCUGUCCCCCGUGAUGACUGGCGGCCAAGGAGGACCUCGGGAUGGAAUGGGCCGGGGCCCAAGGCCAAGGAAUGGGGGGCAGAGAGGCCCUGGAGUGGGUGGGAGAGCAGAGCAGGUGCUGGGACUCUGUGUUCAAUAGAGAGCUCUCCACACCAGGUUUUCCCCAGAUUCUGUGUCUUGUGGCUU